AUGGGAGGCUGCUUCUCCAAGCCCAAGCCAGUGGAACUCAAGAUUGAGGUGGUGCUGCCUGAGAAGGAGCGGGGCAAAGAGGAACCGUCAGCCAGUGGGAAGGGCAGCCCCCGGGCCUACCAAGGCAAUGGCACAGCCCGCCACUUCCACACUGAAGAGCGCCUGCCUGCUCCCUACCCCAGCCCUCAGGACUGCGUGGAGGCAGCCGUCUGCCAUGUCAAGGACCUCGAGAAUGGCCAGAUGCGGGAAGUGGAGUUAGGCUGGGGAAAAGUACUGCUGGUGAAGGACAAUGGGGAAUUCCAUGCCCUGGGCCACAAGUGUCCACACUACGGAGCACCCCUGGUGAAAGGAGUGCUGUCCCGGGGCCAGGUGCGUUGUCCCUGGCACGGUGCUUGCUUCAACAUUAGUACAGGGGAUCUGGAGGACUUCCCAGGCCUGGACAGUCUGCACAAGUUCCAGGUGAAGAUUGAGAAGGAGAAGGUGUACGUUCGGGCCAGCAAGCAGGCCCUGCAGCUACAGCGAAGGACCAAGGUUAUGGCCAAAUGCAUCUCUCCAAGUGCUGGGCACAGUGGCAGCACCAACGUGCUCAUUGUGGGUGCAGGUGCUGCUGGUCUGGUAUGUGCGGAGACACUGCGGCAGGAGGGCUUCUCUGACCGGAUCGUCCUGUGCACGCUGGACAGGCAUCUCCCCUAUGAUCGUCCCAAGCUCAGCAAGUCUUUGGAUGCACAGCCUGAGCAGCUGGCACUGAGGCCCAAGGAGUUCUUCCGGGCCUAUGGCAUCGAGGUGCUCAUGGAGGCCCAGGUGGUCACAGUGGACGUGAGAAACAAGAAGGUCGUGUUCAAGGACGGCUUCAAACUGGAGUAUAGCAAGUUGCUGCUGGCACCAGGGAGCAGCCCUAAGACCCUGAGCUGCAAAGGCAAAGAGGUGGAGAGUGUGCUCACCAUCAGGACGCCUGAGGAUGCCAAUCGUGUGGUGAGGCUGGCUCGGGGCCGAAAUGCAGUCAUUGUGGGAGCUGGUUUCCUGGGGAUGGAGGUGGCUGCCUACCUGACGGAAAAGGCCCACUCUGUGUCCGUGGUAGAGCUGGAAGAGACACCCUUCCGGAGGUUCCUAGGGACACGCGUCGGUCGUGCUCUCAUGAAGAUGUUUGAGAACAACCGGGUGAAAUUCUACAUGCAGACGGAGGUGUCAGAGCUCAGGGCCCAAGAAGGAAAGCUGAAGGAGGUGGUACUGAAGAGCAGCAAGGUCCUUCGGGCUGACGUCUGUGUGGUGGGCAUUGGUGCAGUGCCCGCCACAGGCUUCCUGAGGCAAAGUGGCAUUGGUCUGGAUUCCCGAGGCUUCAUUCCUGUCAACAAGAUGAUGCAGACCAACGUCCCAGGCGUGUUUGCAGCCGGUGAUGCUGUCACCUUUCCCCUUGCCUGGAGGAACAACCGGAAAGUGAACAUCCCACACUGGCAGAUGGCUCAUGUCCAAGGACGCGUGGCAGCCCAGAACAUGCUGGCACAGGAGGCGGAGAUCAGCACGGUACCCUACCUGUGGACUGCUAUGUUCGGCAAGAGCCUGCGCUACGCAGGCUAUGGAGAAGGCUUCGAGGACGUCAUCAUCCAGGGGGAUCUGGAGGAGCUGAAGUUUGUGGCUUUUUACACCAAAGGCGACGAGGUGAUCGCUGUGGCCAGCAUGAACUAUGAUCCCAUCGUAUCCAAGGUGGCUGAGGUGCUGGCCUCAGGCCGCGCCAUCCGGAAGCGGGAGGUGGAGUUGUUUAUGCUGCACAGCAAGACUGGCGACAUGUCUUGGCUCACAGGGAAAGGAUCCUGAGCUCGCAUGCAGUGGAUUUGGGCAGGUGCACUAGGGCACGAGGGUCAGAGGCCAAGCCCUGGGGGCAGGUGCCAAUCUCCAGUUUUCCAGGACCCCCCAGGGAAGAAUCUGAGCCCUCCCAAUGCUUGCCUUCAAUUGCCUCGCUCCCCUCCAGAGAAGCCUCUGCUGCCUCCAGAAGAUGCUCAACCCCUAAGGCUUCAGCUGCCAUUGACAGCUGGCACUGGAGGCAGGACAGGCUCUGCCUUUUUUCCCUCUGCUGGGACUGGUCCCCAGGAGGCCCCUGCAACAUGUUAGACAUUAUCUUAAAAUUAAAACUCA